UUAUCAAUAAUGCCAACCGUGCUAAUAAUUAAGAGAACAACAUAUAGGAUAGGCCUGCCUAAUUAUGCAGGUCUUCAGGCCAACUUUAUUAAACUCCAAUGAUUGCCUGGUUUGCAAUGCGCUGUUGACGACUGCAUCGUUUUACAGGAUUAUGAUGUCCAAAGGUGGAGCAAAAAGGUGAAGCGGAUGGGAGCUUAAUCCGGUCGUCUUUCGGGAAGAUAAAGAUGACUGACGGUUUGCAAAGCGGAGUCUUUGCUUUCGGACUUGUACAAUCUAGGAACAACUGAAUGGGCAGCAGUGGAUGGUUUUACUCAGAUUUAUUUUCUAGUUUUGAUAAGCAUGUGGCGACCACGCGAUUUGAUUGUUCGUAAGUUUAGAAUUACUUUCAUGGCAAUAUUUAAAAGAUAGGCCUAAAUAAGACGUCAACAGGGACAUGGCGAAGCUUCUGCUGCAUAUUGCGAUAACUACCCUCAUGUCAGACUUAUCCGGUGCCACAACAACGACAAAAAAAGCUCAAGGUAACCUCGGAGACCGUAAAAAACGGACAGUAUCAUUUAUGGAAUAGUAAUAAUAAGAUACCACAAAUGGGUGCUUUUAAAGACAGGAAAUUCUUUUUUUGCUAUGUGUUGUAAUUGAUUUAGAGGUAAGGUUGAAGCAGUGCUGCAUUUUGUCUUCAAGUCUCUAUGGAUAUGAUGAGGUGAGGGUAUGUGCCUUUCACCUACAGCGGCCCUCUUGGCUCUAAACGGUAGCCGGGUGCGGUUUAAAACCAAGAUGGCCGCUACAGGUGAAGACUGCCCUUCACAAGGAAGGUUGAAGCUGUGUGUUUGGCCUCCUGUGGGCGUUCUAGUGAAAAACAACUCGGGGGUGACUCCGGCCGGGCAGUGCGGGGACUGGGUGAAGGAGCUCAGCGGCGGCUCUUUCACCUCCCCCAACUACCCCGAGAAAUACCCCGCCGACAGGGAGUGCAUCUACAUCAUAGAAGCGUCUCCCCGCCAGUGCAUCGACCUGUUCUUCCUGGAGCGCUACUCCAUCGAGCCGUCCUGGGACUGUAAGUUCGACCACAUCGAGGUGCGGGACGGGCCCUUCGGCUUCUCGCCCAUCAUCGGCCGCUACUGCGGCCAGCAGAGCCCCGCCUACGUGCACUCCAGCGGCCGCUACCUCUACAUCAAGUUUGUGUCGGACGGGGAGCUGGAGGCCACCGGCUUCUCCGCCCAUUACAACUUCACCCAAGGUGAGGGGUCAGAGGGGACAUGGCGCCGGAGAGACGCCCACGGCAGUGGAAGGAAGAAUACCUUUGUUUGUUUGUUUACUUUUAGCUUUGCCUGCAGCGUUGUUGAGGUUCCACGAUGGCGAGAGAAAUUCAUUCAUUCCAGAGAAUGAUUGGGUUGUGUUUUUGCGUUAAGCCCUCAGUCCUCCCUUUGCUCCCUACUGGGCCACAGAUGAACUUACCUUGUACUGUGUGUUAUCAUCCCUCCUCUCCUCACACGCUCCCUCUCAACCGGCCGUCUCACUUCUGGAGCAUCACUUCCAGGCCAUCAUACACUUGUUUUACUGUGGCAAAAUGUUUAAACCUCCACUGGUUCAAAGCUCAGGCAGAACCUACAAAGGCGAACGCAUUGUAUCUGUUUAAACAAUCAGAGGGCCCCUCAUGCAAAAAAAAGAAAUGGUGGUGUUCAUUCCUAUCUUUAUUUGGACUUCAUAUUUACUUGGCACGGACGCUUCAGCUAGUUAGCCUUCCUCGGCUUCCUUCCUUUUUCAACAUUUUAUGUGAUGUCAAUAAGAAUACAGAAUAGGAAUAUGAAUAUAAACCAUGAGACAGUGGAUAAAAUUGCCAUUGCCUCAUCUAUGCGUGUGCUCACAUACGCAUUUUCACGCACAUACACCGGCAUGCGCACACACACACACACACACACACGCACACACACACGCACACGCACACGCACACACACACACGCAGAAGAGUUAAUGAAAGCUUGUCUUCAGGGAUGGGCGGCUUAAAGGGAGACCCAGGCAGAGUCUUUACUACCAGCACAUUUUUAUAAGCCACCUCCAUUGACCGGAGGACAACGAUUAAUCUGAUCUCCCAUCCUCCAUCUCUCCCUCCAUCUACCCCUCCUCUCAUCCCUCCCUCCACCCGUCUUUCUAUCCCUCCCUGCCUCCUUCUUUCCCCCCCUCCACCCCUUUCUCCAUUCCUGCUUCCAACCUUCCCUCCACCGUUCUGUCCUUCCAUCAACCUCUCCCUCCCUCCAAAGCCCUCUCCAUCCCUCCCUUCCCCCUUCCCCGCCCUCAGACUCCCUCUCUGUCCCUCCUUCCAUGCGUCUCUUCAUAUCUCCAUGUCUCCACCCCUCCCUCCAUCUCAUCCGUCAGGCUUCCACUUGCCCAUGCCUCUAUGCUUCUUAUCUAUUCUGUCCUUCCAUCCUUUCACUGGCAUGCCUUACUCUUAUUUGAUUAGGUAUCAUUUUUUGUUCAUUAAAAACACACACACAACAGCAAUGAGUAGUGGAUAAAUCUCUUCAAGGGAAGCGUCACUCUCUCACACAAUAUGAUCAGAGCACUGCUUCUUAUGAAGAGUUGCCGUCUGUGCAAAUUGUAGACAGGCAGACAUUAGUUAAAAUCCAGUCUGCGUAUUGCAUCUGAUAGAUGUUUUUAACUUUAUAUCAAAUAUCAGUUGUGAUCAGAACUAUCAGGCGAUAUAGCCUUUUAGGCCUACAAAGCUAAAUAGAUAUUAUGCCCCAGACACAACGGCUGUAGUGUUUUUUAUUUGAGGGAUGCACAAGGUAAUGCCAACAUUGUUGAGGAGAUAAUGUAGGAUAUAAUAAUAAUAAUAAUGGCAGCAAUGACAUUAAUAUUUCUAAUGAUAUGAACAAAUUAAUAAUAACAAAUCAAGCAGGAGAGAACUCCAUCCGCGACGUAUGGUGACGUGUGUCCGACGCUACAACACACGCAUGUAUUGUAUUGAGUUUUAUAUUAUAGCCUAUUGUUACAUGUGACAGGCGUAUGAAGCCGUACUCGUUAAUAUAAGGAAAUAGCCAAGCAUGAUUUACCAUAACCUACUUGCACUGUGUCUUUAAGAGAUUAUUUUUUCAUCAGAUGAUUAGACAAGGCAGUUGUUCGUCUGUUUACAUCCAAUGUCAUGAAUCCUGCAUGCCUUCUUGACAAAUGCUAAUCUCCUACCUAAUUCCACUCAUCAGGAGGGAAUUAAUUUGCUCUCACACAUACGCAGACAGACGCUCUUGCACGCAUGCAAGCAAGCAUGUACACACACACUCAUACUCAGUGACCAGCCAAAGCAAAGGUAAACCCUUGGAUGGAUUAACAAGGAGAAUUCUGGGUGAUUGUUUCAUCUGUAAUCUCAGCCAGCACAUCUUUUUCUAUUGAAAUGUACCCUGUUGAAAAAAUCUAUUAUGAUGAUGCUAUUAGGUAUUUACAGCGUAUCUAUGGAUACCUAAUUACUGAUGUAUGCUCAUGAAUAGGCCAACCAAUGUGUAUUUUUUUCUAAAUAAAGAUUCAUAAUACUUUGAACAAUGAAUUGACACACAGAUGCAC